AUGGCUCCUACUUUUCUCUCUCUCAAAAGCUUGCGGCGUCAAUCGAGGGCCAGCUUUCGGACCGAGGCUUCAACCGAUACGUCCAGCGAUGGUGCUUUGAGUCACGAUACCCAUGAUACCACACCUUCAAGCGGCUCGCUAACGCCGCCAUCCAUGGAUCAUCAAUCAGACCCUGCGCUACACCUGCAGGUCAAGGACGGCAAUGCGACCAGCCAGAACCGACCCAUUCUGGCACCUGGCGGAAACUCCAGUCGAUAUAGCGUCUCGGGCAUGUCUGGGCUUGGAGCUCCUUCGUCCAACGGUAGGAGUAGCCUGCCUGUAUCCAAGUAUGCCCCUCGCGUCCAAAAUAUUUCAGAAAAUGCUUGGGUGUAUCAAAAAGUACUUCUAUUGAAUGGCACGAUUGGAGAGGCCAUGCAGAAUCACCUAGAUGGCACCGUCAUUAUCAGCAGACUAGACGAUACAUUUCCACCAACCAGCUGGCCCGUGUGGAAUUCUCACUUUAAAGCUCUUGUGUAUCUACAACCUGGGCCUAACAAGAUCCGUCUCGAGUUUUCCAGCCCCAAGCUCGCCAAUAGCUCGUCCUCUAACCCUAUCCACGUGUCAUAUCUCACUCUUCACAUGGUGCCUACUUUAAACGCUCCUCCACUGCAACUUGCCAUACUGUUAGGCAAAGACUCUCCCGGAACAUUCGAUGCCACGCCAUCGCGCGCCGAAAUUGAAGGCAAUGGGUUAGAAACUGCCGUCAAGAAAUUUCGAAUGGCAGCAUAUCUCUGGCAAGCUUUCACCGCGGAGCAGAUGUGGCGACAUAAACUUGGGCGCCGAACAUUUCGAUUUGAGGAGGAAUGGACGUCUGGGACCGCCAACCACCGCGACAGAGAGAAUGGGGUUAUGAGAUCUGAAGCCCGAGUUCACAUUAUUCGAUCCGACAAGACGGUUGCGGAACUGCAAGAUCUCAACAAGGCUCAACAGUACGAUAAGGCUACGGAUAAGAAUGCCCUCUUCGACAUUGCUAGUGAAGAGGUAAAGAAGCAUCUUAAUCCUCUUCCUGGACAGAAGCAGUAUGUUGCGGUUCUCUUACUCGAUGCCCACUGGGACAAGGAUGUCAAAACGAUUCGAGGCCACGCCGCACUCGGCGGUGGUAGCGGUGAAUUGCAAUUGGGCAUCUUCGGGUCACACUGCAUGCAUAGCUACCCUAGUUCUUUCGAAGAAGUAGUGCCGGCAUUCACCGAUUGCACGCCAACCGAUACUGCUCAUGUGGCUAAUGACUGCAACGAAGCGGGGAGCUCCUGGGAGGCUGCAAAUAUUGGCAUCGGUGCACAUCUCCACGAGGUGGGACACUUAUUUGGAUGUCCUCACCAAGAAGGAGGAAUCAUGCUUAGAGACUAUGUUGUACUUAACCGAAGUUUUGUCUCUCGAGAGGCAUACUCUACCCGAACUAAAUCCAAGGGAGGGCUGGCCCUACAGGCUGAUGAGUGCGGCUGGCAUCGUUUAGACUGCCUUCGUUUCCGAGCUCAUCCCGCUUUCCGGCUGCCCAACGAUGCUCCGAUGAAUCCCGAUGAAAGCGUCCAAGCCUUUGCUAUUGACGGAGGCAAUGUUCUGGUUGUAGCACAAACUGGAAUCUCUUUCAUAGAAAUUUUUGGAGAGGGAGAUGAUGUAUGCCGUGCGUGGAUCGAGUAUAUACCGGACAGCAAUAAUCCCAUCCAGCGGCAGGUAACCUUGAUUGAUCAAGACUUGCGGGCUCGCCUACCUGAUGCCAAGAGAAAGGGGCGUGUAAAGGUGUCUAUUAAAACUCAUGGCGGAGGAUCUUUGGAUAUCGAUGACUUUAAAGCAUUUGCAUCAAAAGAGUCGUCAGUGAAAUUGCCUGGUGGAAAAGUGGCCUAUCGAUGCAAGAGCCUCGGAGAGUCAAAGAUGCAAGGCAGUGAGCCCCAAGAGGCUAUUUUUACCAGUGCUGUGAAGCAGGACAGAAUAAUGUCUCGUGUUAUUGUAUACCACGGCUCAGCGUUGGACGGAUUGGAAUUUAUAUACGAUGAUAAUUCGACGCAGCUGUUUGGCAAGAGGGGGGGCAAAGAGGGGGGCGAUACAUUUGAAUUUGAUAUUCGGCGUGGAGAGUAUCUUACUGGUUUCGUUGUGAGAGCUGGCUUUUGGAUCGACGGCAUUCAGCUCUUGACCAGUCUCGGCAGAAAAUCGGCCAUGUUUGGAAAAGCUCAUGGUGGUUCUGCACACACACUGCUACCACCUCGAGGCUAUUCGAUCUGCGGUGUUGCCGGUACAUGUGGCGCAUGGCUUGAUGGCUUCUCGAUCCUUAUCAAACAUUAA